AUGGCUUCGAGCCCUUCCCCCCAUGAAAGCCUGCCGACCUGGCUAGGACCUAUCGCGGCACACCUCAAAACCUCCAACAUACAUCAGGAUGUUGUCGACUCUGUUGAGGAUAUCUUCGGGAUUCUUCAAGAACGCGAGCGCGUUCGCACGCAGCUUCAUAUCCAGUCGAGGAUUCAACGACUCGCACCUUCAGGGACUGGACCUGAAGUCGAUCCGGUCGGACACUACUCCACUGCAUCGGCCAGCCAGCCGCAGAACAUCAGAAAGAACCGUUAUCGCAACAUAUUGCCGUACGAUCGGACGCGAGUGAUAGCAGGGAGCACGCAGAGUGGCGGUGGGCGGGGAGAUGGAAGAUAUAUCAAUGGAAACUGGGUCAAGGAGCGGUAUGGAGGCGGGGUAUGGAUUGCGACUCAAGCUCCGAUAGAAGGAACCUUUCAUUCCUUCUUCAGCAUCCUGUAUCACACCAUCUCGCAAUCAACACUUCCGCCCGGUCUCUCCUCAUAUGUGCCUGCGAAUGGCAGAGUCCAUACCGUUGUUCAACUUACGACGUUUUCUCAAGGCCAGGCUGAAUCAUACUUUCCUCAGAGACCUGGGACAUCGCUAGAGGUGUGGCCAGAGCACGGGUGUCCGGACCCACCGUUCCGCAUUACAACCAAGAAAGCCGAGGAAGAAUCUCUGCGGGAGUCGCGAUGGCAAGAGAGUACUGUGACUAUUCAACCUCAAUCCACCUCGUCCGCAUCUCAACCCGUGGAUUUCACGCAUUUGCUCUAUGAAAAGUGGCCAGAUCAUGGCGUACCGGACUCGAAGGACGAAGACAGUCUACUUGCGUUCUUACGGCACGCCUACGCAGUCAAUCACAGCCUCUCUCAGAAAGCUAAUCCUGGAGCAGCUGAUGCACCAAUCAUCGUUCACUGUUCCGCAGGUGUAGGCCGUACCGGCACGUUCAUCGCCAUCUCUUCUCUGCUGCGUGCGUAUGGUCUACUUGAUAGCCGGUCAGCUGCACAACCGCAAGCUGCAGUUCCCCAGUCUAACCCGAACCCUCAGAUUCCGAAGAUCCCCAUAGAUGAUCUCGUCGCUCAGGAGGUGGAUUCUCUCCGAGAGCAAAGACUCGCGAUGGUGCAACGGGAAACUCAGCUUCAGAUGAUCUACCAGUGUCUCAUCAAGGCGUUCCGUCAGAGAGUCUCAUGAUGCAUGUAUGUGUGAAUCAGUCUUGU